UUAAAUAAAAUUAAAAUCAAUAUAUUUUUGGGUUUGACAUUUAUUUCUUCUGCCAAGAAAGUUUCAGUUGGUUACGAUGGGAGAGCUUUGAAGAUAAAUGGAGAAAGAAAAAUUAUAAUUUCUGGUUCCAUCCAUUAUCCUCGUAGCACUCCUGAAAUGUGGCCAAUGUUGAUGGAGAAAGCAAAAGACGGCGGUGUUAAUGCAAUUGAAACCUACGUAUUUUGGAAUGCCCAUGAACCCCAACGUGGCCAAUAUGAUUUUACAGGAAAUAAUGAUUUGGUAAAGUUUAUUAAAACAGUACAAGAACAAGGACUUUUUGCUAUUCUUAGAAUUGGACCUUAUGUUUGCGCCGAGUGGAAUUACGGGGGUUUCCUGUUUUGUUACAUAAUCUCCGGGUAUUCAGUUCAGGACCAUAAUCAAGUUUACAUGGAUGAGAUGGCAAAAUUCACUACAUUUAUAGUAAAUAAGAUGAAGGAUAAUAAGUUAUUUGCUUCACAAGGAGGACCCAUAAUUGUCGCGCAGAUUGAAAAUGAGUAUGGAAAUAUAAAAGGAUCGUACGGACAAGCGGGAAAUGAAUAUGUGAAAUGGUGUGCUAAGUUGGCACAAUCUUACAACCUUAGCGAACCUUGGAUCAUGUGUCAAGAAGGCGAUGCUCCUCAGCCCAUGAUUAAUACAUGCAAUGGCUUUUACUGUGACCAAUUCAAACCCAAUAACAAAAAUACUCCCAAAAUCUGGACUGAGAAUUGGACUGGCUGGUUCAAGAGUUGGGGACUAAGAGACCCAUACAGAACAGCUGAGGAUGUUGCAUUUGCUGUUGCACGAUUCUUCCAAUAUGGUGGUUCCUUGCAAAAUUACUAUAUGUAUCAUGGAGGAACAAACUUUGGUAGAACUUCCGGAGGUCCUUACAUUACAACAUCUUAUGAUUACAAUGCACCGCUCGAUGAAUAUGGGAAUAUGAACCAGCCAAAGUGGGGACAUUUGAAGCAACUUCAUAAACUUUUGAUGUCUAUGGAGAAAGUUUUGACUUAUGGUGAUGUCAAACACACUGAAUAUGGCCAUUUGACAACAGCAACAUCUUACACUUACAAAGGCAAAUCAAGUUGCUUCUUUGGAAAUGCUGAAAAUGGUAAUAGAGAUAUCACCUUUCAAAAUAGAAACUACACUGUUCCUGGUUGGUCUGUCACUAUUCUUCCUGAUUGCAAAACUGAAGUUUACAACACUGCAAAGGUAAACACUCAAACAACAAUAAGGGAAAAGGUUUCAAGAUUAGUGGGAAAAUACAAAAAACCAUUGAAAUGGCAAUGGAGAAAUGAGAAAAUUGAACACAUUACACAUGAGGGUGAUGUAUCAGGAGCUAUUAUCACAGCCAAUAGCCUUCUUGAUCAAAAGCUUGUCACAAAUGAUUCCAGUGAUUAUUUGUGGUACCUCACCGGAUUCCAUCUAAAGGGAACCGAUCCACUUUUUGGCAAACAUGUAAGAUUACGUGUUAAGACACGCGGCCAUAUACUCCAUGCCUUUGUCAACCAGAAACAUAUUGGAUCACAGUUUGGUCCAUAUGGGAAAUAUGAUUUCACAUUAGAGAAGUCAGUCAGGAAUCUAAGGCAUGGAUUCAACCAAAUAGCCCUAUUAAGUACAACCGUUGGAUUACCUAAUUAUGGAGCACGGUUUGAAAAUGCUGAGGUAGGAGUUCAUGGGCCAGUUGAAUUGAUUGCUAAUGGAGAAACAAUAAGGGAUUUAUCAACAAAUGAAUGGGCUUACAAAGUUGGGUUAGAUGGUGAAAAUUUUGAAUUUUUCAACCCUGACCAUAAAUUUAAAAAGCCAUGGCACUCUGACGAUCUCCCAUUAAAUCAGAAUUUCACUUGGUAUAAGACUAGUUUCCCAACUCCAGAAGGACGUGAAGCAGUGGUAGUGGAUUUAAUGGGCAUGGGAAAAGGACAUGCUUGGGUUAAUGGAAAAAGUAUUGGAAGAUAUUGGCCAAGUUAUCUCGCUACUGAAAAUGGUUGUUCUUCAACUUGUGACUUCCGUGGGACUUAUUAUGAUAGCAAAUGCGCUACUAAUUGUGGAAAACCUAGUCAAAGAUGGUAUCAUAUUCCGAGGUCGUAUAUGAACAAAGGAAAAGAAAACACAUUGAUUUUGUUCGAGGAAUUUGGUGGGAUGCCAUUGAAUAUAGAUAUUCAAACAACAAGGGUGAAGAAAGUUUGUGCAAAGCCUUACUUAGGAAGCACUUUGGAGCUAUCAUGCCAUGAUGGGUUUAUCAAAGAAAUCAAUUUUGUGAGCUUUGGGAACCCUAAGGGCAAUUGUGACAAUUUCCACAAGGGUAGCUGUGAUUCCUCAUCUGCCUUCUCAGUUAUCGAAAAGACAUGUCUUGGAAAAAGGAAAUGUUCAAUUGAAGUUACAAAAGCUAAUCUGGGACUUACGGGUUGCAAGAAUCCAAAAGAUAAUUGGCUUGCAGUUCAAAUGUCUUGGGCUAAGCUCUAUCAAUAUCUUGAAGUGACGGCCUAUCUUGAGGAGAUUGGAUUACAACAGUGGGAAAGGGUUUAUCAAGUCCAUUGUAGGUAUGACAAUAUGACGAAAAAUAUAGUAGAAUGUCUCAAUGAAGUGUUAAAAGAUGCACGAGAACUACCAAUCACGAAGCUAUUGGAGCAUAUCCGUGAGUGGUUACAAGGUUGGUUUUAUGUCCAACCUACACAUGCAAUGGCAUGCACAAACAUCGUAACUGAUUACGCAAUAAGUAUUCUUAAGGAAUCAAAACUAAUGUCUAGAACAUAUCGUGUUUUCCCAGUGGACAUGCAUAUAAUUAAUGUGGACGAUGGAUAUUUGGAGGGUUGGUUGAUCUUUGUUUGUGGACAUUUGAAUGUGUGCUUGCUGCUUAUGCAGAAUCGAUCUUCCUUGUUGGACAUAGACAAGAGUGGAGUUGAAGAUCAAAAUUUGAAGACUUUGAACUUUUACCACCACGAAAGGUACUAG